UCUGCGGCUUCCAGGCCUUCGUCCCCGGAGGGGGGUGGGGACCCUAGGGGAGGAAGGGCGCGAAUGCUGCCGCUAGGUAAGGUACCGAGCCCUCCAGGACUGAGAAACAGCCUCACCGAGGCGCUAGCUGCGUGGAGCUUUCCGUCAUUCGGCCCAGAGAGGAAGUGCAAGCAGGCGCCCUCCCCUGCCCCCACCGCCUGCCUUCCUGCGUCCCUCCACCUCCGCUCUCCGACCCCGACCGUGCUUCCCAGACCCUUUGUUCUCCAGGCGCUGAUAAGCCCCUGGGACUCGUUUGGGCCUGAACCCACAGCGCCCGCCGCAGGUCGCAGAGGACAUCCUCGGACCUUGGGCGCACGGUCUCGGCAGCAAGUCCCGACGCAGCCUCUCUUCGUGAGGACCCCAGAGCCCCAGAAGGGAGAACGGGACAUUGUAUGUCGCGCCCAGGAGUCUGAUUGCAAAAGAACGCCCUCUCCACCCCACCCUCGGCGGCGCCACCCGCGUCGCCCCUCUGUCGCGCGUGACCCCAAGGGCUUGGGCGAUUGUGCCUCCCUGAGUACAGUUACAAUUGUGUUCGGCUUAAUUUCUUACUCGGUUGAAGGCGUCGCGGAGUAAAGCGAGGGGAGCAGGAUGUGGGGUGGGGGAGGGGAGCUAGAGCGGGAAACUGCGGGGGAGGGGAGGGGAGGGCAACUGCACAGUGAAGGGCUACUACGGCUCCCGUGUCCGAGGUCACCAGGCAGCACUGCUCAUCCAGGCCCAGGAUCUGGGCCCAGGAGCCGUAGUGUGGCCGAGCUCUCCCCAGCCUCGGCCCUGUGCACGAAUCUCCGCAGACUGCCAUCCUCACUCCCUGCACUCCAGCACGUUUGCGCUCGGCCGGGUUGGGGGGGAGGGUUCCGUACCAGCAGGGUGUCACCUUGUAGGUGCAGCCGCUGGAGUAGCUGCUGGGCCUGUGGCUGUCAGCUCCAGGAGCCCCCUCCCGCCUCUUGGCUUGACCCAGGUCCUCACUGGCUGGUCUAAAGGCGCGCUAGCACUUUUCUCCGCAGCGGGUUCCGGGGGACACACCCCGUCCCCACCCCCGAGAGCUGGCGGCCAGCUCGGUAUGCCAGGCGGCCAGACGGGCGCCCUGCCAAAUUCCGCGUUCCUCUCCAGGAGACGGGGAAUUGCGUCCCAGGCUCGGGAAAGCCGGUAGUUAGGGCUUGGGACUGGCUUGCAAAGCCUUCCCCCCGCCCCCCAAAAGGCGCCAGGGACGUCUCUGCAGGUUGGAUUCCUGCUCCGUAUCACUUCAAUUUUAAUUAAUCUUUUAAAACACCGCUGUCACGUCGCUUGCAGAAAAUUAAUCAAACUUGAAUCCUUGUUGCAUAGCAAGAAUUUCGAUCCAAGUCUUUUAAAAAGGACUUGACUUUGCAAAGUCACGUCUUUUACAGUUCCUUCAUUCCCCCUUUAGCAAGGGAAAUACUGCAAAAGUCAGGACAUGUUUGCUUCUUUCUGUAUUUAAAAUGAAACUCUGCUUAUUUCUGAGCUUUAUUUUCUUGUCUUUAGACAAAAAAAGUUAAGCGAUAAAUUGCCUAACCUCUGUUAAUUCAAAAUAUAAUUAGUUUGAAUGAUCUUUGUUUAAGAGCCCAGAUAAACUAAGAUAAUCUUAAUUUUAAUGUGACACGACCCCUAUUUUUCCUUGUGAAUAAUGAGAAUAAAGAAGUCAUUAAUUAAUACCAAGGUAUCUCCAUAGAAGAUGCUAUCUGGUGGUGCUGAGACGCUGAAACAACGGUUGUAUUAGUAAUUGAACAUGAAGAUAGUCCUCUGUUUUUAACCUCAAAGCUUGGAGUUUAUUUGGUGAUUACUGAGCUUCUAAUAAUUAAUUUCAGUCCCUUCUUGAUGCAAAAAAUAAUUCUUACAAUUCCAAGCUCCCAUGCAACAGAGGCUUCUUAUUAAAGCCCACCCCUCAAAAUAAUUGUGGAGCUAUAUCAUGUAGCAACCCUUUCUGUUCCAUUAUUUGUAAUAACUUUGCUCUAUUUUCCUUUGCUGUAAUUUACUAAAAUACAAGAAUAUACCUAUCUUCUUACUACUGCUUUGUCUUUCAACUGUGUCUCAGCUUUAAUACAUGAUUCCUAAGGCUUUCAGUAUUUUAAGUUUCUAAGAUUUAAAGAUGAAUUCCAUUAAAGAGUCAACAUUUUUGUACAGAGUGGUUGCCACACACCAGACUCUGAUCAAACCCACAACCUGCAUUAGCUCACACUUUUCUGUUAUUAAAACAGACUGCAAAACACAUUCCCCCUUUCCAAUAUGAACUGAAUAACAGCUACUGCAGUUUCCCGGGCUAAAUUUAGUGUUAGCACAACUUUUGGCAUUAAUAUAAAAAUCCUCUGCAAAGUAAUAAGGUCUUCCAAAUAACAAUAGAUAUUUAGACUCUAGCAGUAAAGUGUCUAGUUAUUUCUCACCAUGAAUUUGCUAAUGGCCCUCCCUGCCUUUUAACCAAUGGAAAGGGCUAUGAUGUUUUUCUCAUAUGUACAAAGUUAAGAAAACCUUCCAAUACCUCCCUCCAAACACGUGUCACCCCAAGCAAAUAUGAGGUAUUUUAUACCACGUAAAUAUUCUUAGAACCCACCCUACUACAUCCGAGAAUCCUGCUUAAUUACCAGCACCAGUCCUGAAACUAUUGGAAAGUACUUCAGCUGCACACUUUAAUUUCCCCUUUACUACAAUUAAAACUUU